AUGAAUUACAUUACAAUUAAUGUUAUUGCUUUCACCGCCAUUUUUACUGCUGAAUUUUUGGUAACUGAAGCAAAGUUUCUAAGUUUCAUCAAUAAUAUCAACAAAGCCGAAAGAUUUGAUAGCGUCUUUCUUUUCAAACCGUCACAGGACCACAUCUCUACUAAUUUCGAUUUUGAUGACAACUUCAUGGGUAACGUUACAACUUCACUUGGUAUUCCAGUAAUUCUUGGAACAGAAGUCUCUUCGUUUUAUUUGAAGCGAGAGUUCAAUGAAAACCUUCUUACCAUUGUUCAAUUCGAUUCAAGUGAUCUAUUUCUUAAGCGGCUAUUGGAACAUCUUCAACACUUUCGGUUUUGUAAGACAAUUUUUGUGCUCAAGAAUAAUUCUUCAGGAAGUAAUAUGGAGAAAUUGAAGAGUAUUUUCAAUUUCUCUUGGUCGAAUAGAAUGGUUAAAGUCGUAGCAGUUUUUCAAGAUUUUGUGACUUCUUCGACUUACUACAGUUAUAGCAAUUUCGGGCAAUUUACAAUAACAGAAUUCUUCUGGAACAAUAGAAAUUCGGAUGUUUUUCCAAAUCGAAUGCGAAAUCUACAGAAAUCAUCAUUACCAAUUCUGUUUGGAGCUGUAGAACCAGAACAAAUCAUUUCCAAAAACGUAAACGGUGAUAUGCUUAUUGGAGGCUAUGUAGGACAUCUUUUCCAUGCGUUUGCCAAGAGGCACAAUGCUAUACUUAAUACAUCGAAUGUAGACGUUUCACUUUCAUCGUACGAUAUUCGUCCUUAUGUUCUAGGUGGCAAAGUUGAAAUAUCAGCUGCAAGUUGGAUGUUUCUCGAAGAAUCAAUAGAUUGGUACACAUAUCCUUAUAGCUUUAUUGAUUAUGGUGUUAUGUUGCCCAUAGAGCCAAAUGUUCCUGUUUAUAAAAUGUUUGCUUUUGUUUUUCGUUUGAAAGCCUUCGUUAUAACAAUUGUGGUUUUGAUAUUGCUUGAGGUUUUGCUUGAAACAGCUGCUAAAUUUUCAAAACCACAUCGAGGGUCCAUUUUUGGUGAUUACUAUAUCGACUGUUUUCGUGGAAUACUUGGACAAUCGUUUUCUGAAGUACCAAAUUCUUCAUUUACUAUGAAAUUGACUUUCCAUUGGAAUUUGGGAACUAAGAAUGCAUAUUUUGUAUCAAAACUAUCGCGCUGUCUUAUAAAAGAUUUGAGGUUUGUUUCACCUAGAAAUGAAUUUGAGUAUUUCUCCAUUAGAUUAGGUCUUAGUUUGAACAAUGUCUCAUCAAUAUCUGUUUGA